GCAGGGUUGACAGAACGUUGACAAAUCACAUACAAACAUUUUACUUUUUUUGCCUGCAUCUAUCGAUUUCGUUUGCAUACAAUGCAUUCUUUAACAUUUGCGAUAGAUAAGAGCGAAAAUGUCAAGUAGCAAAACAAAUUCCAUUUGAAAUUUUGUGAAAAUCGUCUAUUGUAGUUGUUUUUUCAUUUGAUUUAUUGCUAUUAUUGAGCCGCUAGCAGAAUGACGUCAAGAAAUCUCACCGAAGUGUUCUUUUUGAUGCGAAAUAAUUCCGUACAAAAUCGGAGUAUGUACGAUGAUCGGAGGCCCAGUGACAGUGAGAGAUUGCUGCAGCGCACACUCCGAGAUGCAGAAGAAGGCCUAGAACUGCGGGACGAUUUUGCAUCACCACCCAUUUGGAUGGACAAACUCGAAGAGGCACAGUAUACGAUUUCAAAAAUUAAACCAAAAUUAGAUGAGUUGGGUUCAUUGCAUGCCCGCCACUUGCUGCGACCAUCGUUGGACGAUCGAUGUGAAGAGGAAGAGCUCAUUGAAAACCUCAGCCAACAAAUAUCCAAACUGAUUUCGUCAACACAUCGCCACAUUCAAUUUAUUCGAUCUAGUUUAGGACAAGGCAAUAAGCUGGAGCAAAGACUAACCAAAAAUGUGGUGACCCACUUAUUGCUAUCACUGCAAGAUGUGACGUACCGUUUCAAGUCGAGUCAAUCAAACUAUCUACGGCAGUUGAAUUCGCGUGAAGCCCGGUCGAAUGCAUUCUUUGAAACGCCAGACUUUACGACAAUCGACCUAAACGAUGGUUCAGGCGCUGGAAUUGGCAAUGCCGUGGACACAUUCGACAAUUUCCUAAAGCCAACUACCUCGAAACCAUCUGCGAAUCCGGAUUAUUUUGAUCAAAGUGACGAACAGAUCGAUGAGUAUUUCCAGAAAAGCAUAUCGCAGCAAGGGCGAAUGACACAACAGCAAUUACUGCUGUUCGAAGAGGAAAACACAAAAAUGGCCGAACAUCGCGAGAAAGAGGUCAUCAAAAUUGUGCAAUCCAUUGCGGAUUUGCAUGAUAUAUUCAAAGACCUAGGCCAAAUGGUCCAAGAACAGGGCACUGUUUUGGAUCGCAUCGAUUACAAUGUGGAACAAACACAAACCCGUGUCACUGAAGGAUACAAACAACUGCAACGAGCUGAAAUGUACCAACGAAAGAAUCGCAAAAUGCAUUGCAUUUUAAUCUUAGCCACUGUCACCCUGUUCAUGAUGAUCCUAUUAAUAUUCACUAAAUUUUAACAUUCCUUUGUUUUCGGUCGACAUGUGUGAUUUGUCUGUGAGCUUUAUCACUUAUUUUAUUUAAAAGGAGAGAAAAAUCCAUUUACUCGAUGUAUUUAUGUUCUAAAUAUGUAUUUUAUUCGAUUCCAUAAAAAUUAUACAAUGCAAGUGGA